UCCCCCUUGUCUCUGACCUAAAAUCUGGGGAAAGCUAUGUAUAUCCGACCUUCAAUCUUUUAUCCUCUCAAUAUCAAUUGCUCAAAACACCAAGCACCAAAACCUCCAAUCUCAAUACUCCCUAAAAAUGCUCCCCCAAACUCGCCACCUAGCACGCCUUGCUUUCCCCCGCCGCGUCCCUUCAACCACCCGCCCCCUCUCCACCACCUCCCUUUCCGCCAAAUGGGAAGGCUCCAAACCAUCUGACCACAUCACAAACGAGAACGAUAGCCAUAACGUGCGCCACGACGCGCAUAAAGAGGGACAGCAGGAGAGGCAGAAGGGAGACGGGAGUCGGGGGACGAGUGAGCAGGCUGGGGAUGCGAAUAAGAAGGCCAAGGAGGAGUUUCCUGAGGCGCCGGAUACGGUGGGGAUGCAGGAUGAGAGGGGUGGGAAGGCUUGAGGGCUUGUGACUUGAAUAAGGGAGUUGGGAAGGAUGAUGUUUGCAGAAAAGGUUGAAGGAAAACACAACUAUAAAUUAUUGAAAUGUGGUGGGAAAAGGAACCAGGAAAGGAAAGGUAAAAAAAAGGGAUGAAAGGGAGCUGUAAAUAUUGAAGAGUCUUGCAAUGAGAUGAAAAUGCAGU